AAACAUGAAAAUGAGCUGAACUGCUUAGAUGUGUGAGCAGAAGUGUGGAUUUACAGUAUAGUUCCUAUGCUUGGACUACUGCCACCUCUAGAAACUCCUCUGAGAAAAAAUAGACCUGUGCAGCUGAAUUGAGGAAGAGCUGAGGUGACCAUUGCGACUAGUUGGAAAGCACUGGAUAUUUUCUACAAAAGUUGACACAAGGUACAUCAUUUCACAAACAUACCUCUCUGUAAUACGAAUAACAUCCCUGGUUGUUGUAACUUACAGGAAUGUAAGCUUGUAGUAUUGCAGUGGGAAAACCAUUGCUGUUUUCUGUGAAUGUAGCAGUGUUUCUAUAUAUAUGUUCUUGGAUGACAAAUGAUACUGAGAGAACUUCUCACAGAAAAUACUGUUUUCUAACAUAUGGGAGGGUGGGGGAAGGAGAAGAUAAGAAGGUGAGUUUGGGGCCUUUGUAAUGAAGGAGAAAGUUGGGAUAACCCACAUGUGAGAUUUUGCCAAAGCAAUUGGGGAAAGAGGAAAAAAGUAAACUUGGACUGCAUGCUUAAUGGGCAAACUUAUCUGAUUUGAAUUAUACGAAAUAAUAGGUUAGUUCUAUUCAAGUCUCAUCCCAGACCCACCCCCCUUUUCCAGCCCUAGGGGAGGGAGCGUUAAAUAAUGGUCUGUGUAAACUGAUGCUCAUGCAGUAAGAGUUUGGAGUAGUGCUGCUUGUACAAGUUAAAGCAGGCAGCGAAGAAAGAACAACCAAAUAAAAAGCAGCUGCAGGGGGGGGGAAAUAAUAAAAGUGGACCUUCCUGAAAUUAAGACAUGUCUUUCCUGACGAGAGUUCUGACCACGAAAUGCAAGCAGACACUUGAAUCCGAGAGGACUUACUUCCAGCACGCGCUUUUUGUCAGCAGGUUUCACCAGGCGCCCGUGCCGUCGGGCAGUCAGUCCCUGGAGGUGAGGAGCGGCGCGGGGAACAAAGCGGCGCGGCCGGGGGAGCUGCUGGAGCCCUCGCCGCAGCUGGGCAGGGUGAAGAGUUUGCACGAAAUGCCCGGACCCAACACCCUCUACAAUCUCUACGAGUUCUUCUGGAAGGACGGCUUCGGCCGCAUUCAUGAGAUCCAGCAAAAACACACUCAGGAAUAUGGAAAGAUCUUCAAGUCUCACUUUGGUCCCCAGUUUGUUGUAUCCAUUGCAGAUCGAGAUAUGGUUGCUCAAGUACUCCGGUCAGAAGGUAGAGCACCACAGAGAGCUAACAUGGAAUCGUGGCAGGAAUACAGAGACUUAAGAGGAAGAGCUACAGGACUAAUUUCAGCAGAGGGGGAACAGUGGCUAAAAAUGAGAAGUGUACUGAGGCAAAAAAUUCUGAAACCCAAAGAUGUGGCGAUUUACUCUGGAGGAGUCAAUGAAGUUAUCACAGAUUUAAUUAAAAGAAUCUACACCCUCAGAAGUCAAGAGGAAGAUGGGGAAACGGUGACCAAUGUUAAUAAUCUUUUCUUCAAGUACUCAAUGGAAGGUGUGGCUACUAUUCUGUAUGAAUGCAGGUUGGGCUGCCUGGAAAACAACGUCCCACAGCAGACCGUCGAAUAUAUCGAGGCUCUGGAGUUGAUGUUCAGUAUGUUUAAGACCACAAUGUAUGCAGGUGCCAUUCCCAGGUGGCUUCGUCCGUUUAUUCCAAAACCCUGGAGAGAGUUCUGCAGAUCCUGGGAUGGACUCUUCAAAUUUAGUCAAAUUCAUGUUGACAACAAAUUGAAGUCUAUUCAGUCUCAACUGGAUCAAGGAGAAGAAGUGAAUGGUGGGCUACUUACGUACCUCCUUGUGAGUAAGGAGCUUACUUUGGAGGAGAUCUAUGCCAAUAUGACUGAAAUGCUUCUGGCAGGAGUGGACACAACUUCUUUUACUUUGUCCUGGGCAAUAUAUAUGUUGGCAAAGCACCCUGAGGUUCAACAACGUGUUUAUGAGGAAAUCAUCGAUAAGCUGGGGAAAGACCAAGCUCCUGUUGCUCGUGAUGUUCCCAAAUUGCCUUUGAUUAGAGCUGUGCUGAAGGAGACUCUGAGGUUAUAUCCUGUAUUGCCAGGAAAUGGAAGAGUGACCCAGAAAGACUUGAUUGUUGGAGGAUACUUAAUACCUAAAGGGACGCAGCUGGCACUCUGUCAUUAUACUACUUCAUACAGUGAAGAGAAUUUUCCAAUGGCCAAUGAGUUCCGGCCCGAGCGCUGGCUGAGGAAAGAUAAUUUGGACAGGGUUGACAAUUUUGGUUCCAUCCCCUUUGGUUAUGGCAUUCGAAGUUGUAUUGGAAAAAGAGUUGCAGAACUGGAAAUUCAUCUUGCACUGAUUCAGUUGCUUCAGAAUUUUGAGAUUAAAAUUUCUCCCAAAACUGAACCAGUUCACGCCAAAACCCACGGACUUCUGACUCCUGGAGGCUCCAUCAAUGUGAGAUUUUCUGACAGAAAGUGAGACUGAGAUAUUUUGGAAAUACUUGUGUGACUUUCAGGGGAACAGGCUUGCAUCUAAUGGACGUUUGAUCGUAACAUGUUUUCUGGUUUGUAGUUUCUUUACAGUAUGACCAAGUAUUAUGUUCUGCCUUGUACCUAGCAGCACAUAACAAAAGUUACCUCUCUUGUAAUUGAAAAUUACACAUUUGAAAAUACAUGCUAAACAGUUCCUUCUUGCACUGGCAUUCUCCUAUUUGUAUUUCAAAUUGUAGCAGCACGUGCAUUGGAAAAAGAAAAAAGAAAAAAAAAAAGUAAAACUCAAGACAUGUUUUUGUCAUUCAGUGAUUUUAUUACACUAUUUUAUAGUAAAAGUCAGUUAUUCUUGUGAGUUAUUAGAGAGCAAAAGAAUUGUUAUCUGGUAUUAGCUGCAUUUAGGAGUUUGUGUCUUUGUUUUUUGUCCUCCAAGUGUGUUCUUUAAAAAUUUCUGUGUAACGUUAAAAAUGAGGUGAUUUUCUCUUGUCUGUAA